AUGACUACUACUUCACGAAUUGUGACAACUACAACAUCUACUGUAGCAAAAACUACAACAUCUACUAAAGCAAAAACCACAACAACUACUAGAGCAAAAACCACAACAACUACUAGAGCAAAAAACACAACAUCUACUACAGAAAAAACCACAACGGUGGCCGCCCCUACAACCAAAACUACAACUACGAGUACUGAAAUGACAACUACUGCAGAUCUCACUGAGUAUGACAUCUCAUUUAUCGACUGCUUAAAUGAAGAUACAACAACUGCUUCAACUACCUCCCUAACAACUUACACGACUUCUGCGACAGAAACUCCAACGAGUACUGCAGCUUCUUCAACUGCCAGCAGUUCUUUAAAAACCACAGAGACAAAAACUCUAUCAACUACAAAAACUCUAACAACUACAAAAACUCUAACAACUACAAAAACUUCAACAACCACAAGUACUGUAUUCAAGAGUAGUAGUACGACAAGCACUAUAACUGAAUCAAAACCAGACGCAAAUGUGAGUACUACAAUGCUGAUUUCAACAACUUUUCCAGAAGCGAAAACUCAAACACCAUCGCUCAAAAUAUCGUCAACUAAAAUUUUUAAUGCGUCCAGCGCUACCACCAGUCAAGCAGCAUCAACUCCAAAAACGACUAGUAAAUCUUCAGCGUCCCUCUUAGAUACGACGCAGACAUCAAGUGCAGAAGAAACAACCAACGCACUUUUACCUUCCUCAACGUUGGCUACACUUACUACGCCGACAACUUUUUUUCAAGUUACGAGUGCAAAUAGACCAACAAUAUCAACGCAGGUUCCAAAAGAAACUACAAAAAAGCAAUAUUUAACCACCAAAUUAAUAACUACGAACGCAAAGAGUGAACCUCAUUCAUCUCAAACAAUUCUGACCACUGGUAAAAUAGAGAAGAUCACAACUAAAACUUCAAGUUCUUAUCAAAAUGAACUUCCUGCAAGUACGGCAGGACCAACUGAAUUAUUGACCAGUAUCCAUGAGACUUCGGAACAAGUUCACGACAAAAUAAGAACCAGAAAAACUUCAAUACAAACUUCAUCAAUCAAAAACGAUGUCACGAGCGAUGAAAAAAGUGUAUCUGAAACCUUAGCAAAAGUAAAGACUAGUGAAAACGAAGCAUUAGUAACAAAAUCAGUAAGCUUAAGUGAGGAACGUGACCUGAAAAUAUCAAGUAAGGCACUCACCACAAAAAUGGAAGCCGAUUUGCAUACGAGUGGUAGUAAGGCUGCAUCUAAAUCAUUAUCACUAAGAUCUACGAUUUUAGCGCGGCAACCUAGUGAAACAGAAAGAACAACAGAGAAGAGCACGAAAUUAAGGAAGGAAAGUACCCAACAAACAAGCGAAAACAGGAUAAAAUGGACACGAAAAGAGGAACCAUCCGUAACAAAAGGCGAACAAGAAUCUACAACCAGUAGAAAAAGAACUGCUACACCAGUAAAUUUAGAAGAUGAUACAUCGACGUUGAAGCUGACAAUUACCAAAGACACAAGAAAAGAGACAACUAGGAGUGAACUAAGCAAACAAGAAAUGACGUUUUCACUAGCGCGAGAAACUUCUGCAGAUAUUACAAAAAAAAUAACUGAGGGAACAACAAAAAAAGACACAGCCAAAAAAUACGAAAAAACAACAUUAAAAUUAGAAACUUCUGGAGAAGCAACAAAGUACAGACUUAAGAGGACAACAAGACCAGAAACUUCUCAUCAGUUAACAAAGACGACAGGUGGAGAAACAGAAAAAAAUGGCUUCGACAAAACGACAGUAAAAAUAACCGUUUCUGAAGCUAAAGAGACAGUGAGUACUGAAGAUGUACAAAAAGAUGUCACUGAAAAAGCCACAUAUGAUAUGAUUACUAACCAAAUUACAACAGUUUCUGCAGGGAAUUUGAAAAAAGAAACCGAAGCAGCAACAGACGAAAAAUUAUCAAAAGAUGAUGAAAAACCAACGGUAAAAUGGAGAACUUCUGAGACUGUACAAAAAAAAGAAUUUAAAAAAACAGCUGAAAAAGAUUUCUUGACAAGUUUUACGACAACAGAAGCACAGUUAAAAGAAACACUCGGAGAAACCACAAACUCUUUUAGCACAGGACCGGCAGCGACAAAAAAAGGAGAGCUUCAGGUUGAAAGUGAAACCACAUAUAUAAAAAGAGUUUCUACUACCACAAUCUUUGAACCAGAAACCGUGGGUAAAAAUUAUUCAGUAGAAACAUUUGUUCCGACACAACAGCCUUACGACAGAUUUACGACCCUACCAGCUGCUAUUGUUUCAGCGGAUAAACAUUUUAGCAACAAGACUGUCUCCGCAACCAAAUCUUUGAUUACAAAAGCUCCAGUUUCCUCCUCGAGUUCUGAAGAGUUGCAGCAAGUUGUAAUUAAGUAUGUAUAA